UUGGUUCAAAGACGCAGAAAAUCAUUCGGUACUAUUAUUAAUUAGAAUUUGGUUUAUCAAAAAUAGUAGCACAAUGUAUAACAACUAUAUAAUGCUAAAAAUAAUCACCAACUCCUUGUUAUUUGAACGAUUGUAUUUACACAUACUCAAUUAAUCUUGCCCUUUGAACCAUAAUAUAUCCUAAAAGCCCUGGGCAGAUAAACAGGCAACAGAAACCCAAACAAAUUGAAGCACCAAAACGCCAUGUUCGCCGCCGCCAGCGCCCGGCCGCCAUACAGCUUCCACGCGCUCCCUCCGCCCUCCCCACCACCCGCCGCCGCCGCUGCCUCGCUCCUCAGCCAAUCCACAAUCGUGAAGAUCCUCCUCGAAUUGUAGAAAACCGGCACGAAAACCCUAACCGGCAGCGAGAAUCCGCCUGCGAACGAAACCCCCUCCAUGAACACCUGGCUCGCCAGCAGGAAGAGGUGCGGCGCCGCCGCGCGGACCACCUCCCCAUCCCCCUCGAGCACGGCGGCGAGCACGAGCGCGAUCGGGAGGCACAGGCCGAUCACAGCCGCGAAGGAGACGUACAGGCCGAGGGCGGAGUUUUCCCGGCCAAAUACCGGCGGAUCCGGGUGGGGGGAGGCGAGCGGGAACGCGAAUCUGGAUAUGAAGCACAUGUAGAUUAGGGAGAAGGCGACGAAGGCGAGGUCUGUGGCGGCGACAAGGCCGGCGGCGGAGAGGGACACGAUGAUGGCGAGCAUACUGAGCUGCCGGAAAUUGAGGAGGCUCCGGAUGGAUGCCGGCGAUUCCGCGCCGGCGUUGCUCGUCUCGUGUUCGUGUUCGUGCGGUUCUUCUUUUGAAUGGCUUGACAUUUUUUUGAGGGUUUUUUCCUCUCUUUUCCCCCUUUUUUCUAUUGGACUAGCUGCGGGAAUAUAGUAUGAGCUUGAGAAUUUGACAGAAGAAAGGAAAAAGAUGGAAGUUUAUCUGAAAAGAGAGAGAAAAAAAAAUAUAAAUUCAAUAAAUAUGUGGCUAUUUAGCAGAAAAGGGAAUUCGGGCUUCUCAGCUAGUUCCACGGCGGAGCAAGUCACAGAAGGGAUUGAUGGGUCGGGUCUCACCGCCAUUGUUACAGGAGCUUCGAGUGGAAUCGGGGCAGAAACUGCAAGGGUACUCGCAUUGCAAGGUGUCCACGUCAUCAUGGCUGUUCGAAACAUCUCGACCGGACAGGAAGCCAAACGGGAAAUCAUCAAUAGAAUUCCGCAAGCAAAAGUCGAUACUAUGGAGUUAGAUCUUAGUUCUAUGACAUCUGUCAGGAAAUUUGCAUCAAAAUUUAAUUCCAUGGGUCUUCCUCUGAAUGUACUCGUAAACAAUGCUGGUGUUAUGGCUACACCAUUCAUGCUUUCGGAAGACAACAUAGAGCUGCAGUUCGCAACAAAUCAUGUGGGCAAGUAUUUUGAACUUAGAUUUAUUGCAGGACAUUUCCUUCUGACAAAUUUACUGUUGGAAACCAUGAAGAAAACAGCCAUUGAAACGAGUCGAGAAGGAAGGAUAGUGAACGUGUCAUCCAGGCGGCACAAGUUUUCAUAUCCUGAAGGGAUCCGCUUUGAUGGUAUUAAUGAUCAAUCAAGGUACAACAGCCUAACUGCAUACGGACAAUCAAAGCUUGCUAACUUGCUGCAUGCUAACGAAGUCGCCAGACGAUUGAAGGAUGACAAGGUGGAAGUUACGGCUAAUUCAGUUCAUCCUGGAUUAAUCGCCACCAAUCUAUUCCGUUAUAACAGCUUUGUAAAUGGUCUGAUUGCUGCUCUUGGUAAGCAUGUGAUGAAAGAUGUUCAACAGGGAGCAGCAACAACGUGCUAUGUGGCUCUGCAUCCAGAUGUUAAAGGGAUGAGCGGAAAAUAUUAUGCAGACUGUAACUUGGCUGAGCCGAGCUUGCAAGCUAAAGAUCAAGAAUUGGCCAAGAAAUUGUGGGAUUUCACCCAUAAUCUUAUAUAUGACAAUGUAAAAUAUAACAAGAAUUUGCCAAUGGAAGAUUGAUACUGAUACCCUUUUACCCAGUUGUGCUCUCCAUGAAUCAGAUCCUGCUGCAUUUACCUUAGCAUUUGUUUAUGGAACGUUCGAUAUAUUGCCAUUUUC